AUGAAGAAAACAUUCUCAGCACGCCGGGUGCCGCGUAAGAUCGGGCAGGAUGAAGAUGAAGCCCCUUCCAAUGCGCCUCAGACACCAGACUCCGCCAUUCGUCGGCCGACUUCUAAACUGCGGAAGUCGUCCUCUCUGCGAUCCUCUAUUGGGCCCUCGGGAGUCGACGAGGAUGAGGAUUCCGAGGCCUCAGUUGUGACACCUAAGCGCUCCAAUCUUUCGCGAAUAGCGAUCCAGCGCAAUGCCUCCAAGCAAAGAGCUUCACUCCUGGCCUCUCAGCUCCCGCAACGCCAACCUGAAGAUGAAGAGGACGACCGACCAAACUAUAGCGCGGCUCACUUGCAAGCGUUGAAAAACAGCACUCCCUCCACACCACAGGAAUUCACUUCAGUAGGCAGGUCAGACGUAGAAGAAGUUUCAUCCGGCACUCGAGAUUUGGAUAUAUCUUCAAAGUUCGGCUCAUCACUGGCACGCUACGAUCCGCAGCAGCAGUCUUCGAUCAUUCCAUCCGCUGGGGAAAUCGCCGAAAAGAAAGCUCGCCGUGCGCGUCUGGCUAAAGAACAGCAGGCGGAAGAAUACAUAUCACUAGAUCUCGACGAUCCCAAUCUGGACGACGAAGAUCUGGAUGACAACGUCAUGCGAGACGAGAGCGGUCGACUGGUGUUGAAGCCAAAGGACAAGUACGGAGUCGAAGAGAGUCGAUUGGUGCGCGAAGAUGAGGACAUCAUGGAAAACUUCGACGAAUUCACCGAAGAUGGCCGAAUAUCCCUGGGACGCAAAGCUGAAGCCGAGGCAGCGCGGCGACGAAAGCAGGAAAUGGCGACUCAGAUUGCGGAAGCAGAGGGCGCUUCGGAUUCCGAUUCCGAUGACAGCGACCGAGAGCAAAGGGWGGCUUAUGAAAAUGCGCAGACGAAACACGGCACGAAUACGCAGCGUAUCACUUCGGACACUGCGACGACCGAGCGACCGAAAACUCCCCCGAUCGUCACGCCCAUUCCGACGUUUGAUAAUGCUGUCGAGCAUUUGCGUAAACAAAUUGCAGAAAUACAAACUUCACGCAUGAAGAAGCUGCAGGAAAUGGAGGCUCUCCAUCGUGAAACAACUCGCCUAGCGCAGGAGGAAGUUCACAUUCAGCGCGCGCUGAAAGAAACUGCGAAGAAAUAUGAGGAUCUCAGAAAGGAGAAAGGCAUCAACAGUGAGAACGCCACGAAUGCCACGGCGGUCGCGAUCCCCUCUGCAUUGGUUGAGAGUGGCGGCGGGAACACAUUGAACGGUGCUGGAAAAGUUGAGCWCGCUGAAAUCUCAAUGGACGUAGACAGCGACAGCGACGAUGGCAACGAGCAGCACGGAUCUUUAGGCGCCGGACUUGGCUUUGGUGGUUCUAUGAGAGGUCGAGGUGGGCUCGGGCUAGGAGCGCAGGCGACCGAAGAAGACAGCGAUGAUUACUAG